CUGCUUCGUGGGAUACACGACAACAGCAGACAGCAACGGGACAUAUCUUCUCUACUCCCUUACCCCGUUUUAAGUCCCACAGCUCGCACAGAGUUCCUCAAACCCCUUCUCCCUCCCUGUUCUCUGAACCGGGAUUUGAUAUUAUCUGAAGAUGGAGACAAAUCCCACCCCAAGAUUUGUAUUUGUUCUGCUAGUCUUAACUUGUUCGAUUGCUGCUGCGGGAGCAGAAUAUUUCAAGUACAAAGAUCCAAAGCAGCCAUUGAUUGUUAGAAUAGAUGACCUUUUAAGCAGAAUGACACUUGCUGAGAAGAUUGGCCAAAUGGCUCAGAUCGAGAGAAAAAAUGCCUCUUUUGAAGUGGUCAAAAACUAUUUUAUAGGUAGUGUAUUGAGUGAAGGGGGCAGUGCUCCUGCUCCUAAUGCAUCUGCAAGAGUUUGGGUGGAUAUGGUGAAUGAGAUACAGAAGGCAGCUCUCUCUAGCAGACUUGGUAUUCCAGUAAUAUAUGGUAUUGAUGCAGUUCAUGGCCACGGCACAGUCUAUAAAGCUACAAUAUUUCCACAUAAUAUUGGACUUGGAGCUACCAGGGAUCCAGCCCUAGUGAAAAAAAUUGGUGCUGCAACGGCUCUUGAAGUUAGAGCAACCGGCAUUCCCUAUACUUUUUCUCCAUGCAUUGCGGUAUGUAGAGAUCCUAGAUGGGGUCGUUGCUAUGAAAGCUUUAGUGAAGAUCCAAAGGUUGUCCAAGAGAUGACUGAGAUCAUCCCAGGCUUGCAAGGAGAUAUUCCAAAAAAUUCUCUCAAAGGAGUUCCCUUUGUAGCUGGCAAGAGAAAAAUUGCUGCUUGUGCCAAGCAUUAUGUUGGUGAUGGUGGAACAUACAUGGGCAUUAAUGAAAAUAACACAAUCACCAAUUUCCAUGAGCUACUUAGCAUCCACAUGCCUCCUUAUUACAAUGCUAUUAUCAAAGGUGUCUCUACUGUGAUGGUCUCUUACUCAAGUUGGAAUGGUGUAAAAAUGCAUGCAAAUCAUUUCUUACUCACAGAUUUCCUCAAAAAUAAGCUCCGUUUCAGGGGUUUUAUAAUUUCGGAUUAUGAAGGUGUUGAUAGGAUUACAACGCCUCCUGGUAUCAAUUAUACAUUCUCUCUCCAGACUGGAAUUCUAGCAGGCAUUGAUAUGAUAAUGAUUCCCUAUGACUAUCCUCGCUACUUUGAGAGCUUCCUUGAACUAGUACAUAAAAAUGUAAUUCCAAUGAGUAGAAUCAAUGAUGCCGUUAGGAGGAUUCUUCGGGUCAAGUUCACAAUGGGUCUCUUCGAGAACCCCUAUGGAGAUUAUAGCUUAGCCAAUGAAAUUGGGAAGCAGGAGCACAGGGAUUUAGCAAGAGAAGCUGUGAGGAAAUCACUGGUUCUGCUAAAAAAUGGUAAAACUUCUGACGAACCAGUCCUACCACUCCCUAAGAAGGCAAAGAAAAUACUUGUUGCUGGUAGCAAUGCUGAUAACUUGGGUUAUCAGUGUGGAGGUUGGACAAUCGAGUGGCAAGGACUAGGUGGGAACAAUCUUACAAUUGGAACUACCUUGCUUGAUGCUAUAAAAACAACCGUAGACCCAAGCACAGAAGUUGUCUUUUCAGAGAACCCUGAUACAUAUUUCAUCCAAGGCAAUGAUUUCUCUUACGCAAUUGUUGCCAUUGGUGAGCAUUCUUAUUCAGAGACUUUUGGUGAUAGCUUGAACCUCACCAUUGCCGAGCCCGGACCAAGCACCAUCAAGAAUGUGUGUGAGCAUAUUAAGUGUGUGGUGGUUGUCAUAUCUGGCAGGCCUGUUGUCAUUGAACCUUAUGUUAAUAUGAUUGAUGCCAUUGUGGCUGCCUGGUUGCCUGGAACUGAAGGUCACGGCGUCACCGAUGUCUUAUUCGGGGACUAUGGGUUCACUGGCAAGCUUCCUAGGACAUGGUUCAAGUCAGUUGAUCAGCUACCAAUGAACGUUGGUGAUGAUCAUUAUGACCCUCUAUAUCCAUUUGGUUUUGGGCUAACAACUGAGCCAGUAAAGACUAGUUAUUGA